UUGGCAGGCAGUCAGGCCAAUAAUGAUUAGAAAACCUUGAAGCCUGCUCAACAAUUGUGGGCUGGAGGUGGUUUCUCGUUUGUUGGGGCGUGUGUUAUGUGUAUUUAGGGGGACUCUGGGAGUACUUGAGGGGCUAAACAAACCCGGCUAUGGCAGCAGCAGAGGAGGAGGAUGGGGGCCCCGAAGGGCCAAACCGCGAGCGGGGCGGGGCGGGCGCGACCUUCGAAUGUAAUAUAUGUUUGGAGACUGCUCGGGAAGCUGUGGUCAGUGUGUGUGGCCACCUGUACUGUUGGCCCUGUCUCCAUCAGUGGCUGGAGACACGGCCAGAGCGCCAGGAGUGCCCAGUGUGUAAAGCUGGGAUUAGCAGAGAGAAGGUUGUUCCACUUUAUGGGCGAGGGAGCCAGAAGCCCCAGGAUCCCAGAUUGAAAACUCCACCCCGCCCCCAGGGCCAGCGGCCAGCUCCAGAGAGCAGAGGGGGAUUCCAGCCAUUUGGUGAUACUGGGGGCUUUCAUUUCUCAUUUGGUGUUGGUGCUUUCCCCUUUGGCUUUUUCACCACUGUCUUCAAUACCCAUGAGCCUUUCCGCAGGGGUACAGGUGUGGAUCUGGGACAGGGUCACCCGGCCUCCAGUUGGCAGGAUUCCCUCUUCCUGUUUCUCGCCAUCUUCUUCUUUUUCUGGCUGCUUAGUAUUUGAGCCGUGUCUCCUUCCUGCCCACCUCCAGCCAGAGGAGAAUCAGUAUUGGGGGUCCCUGCUGACCCUUCCUUUCUCUUGGACCCCCCCCCCAACCCCUCCUUUUCUGUUGGCUAAGGCCAGCCCAGGUCACUCUCCAGGAGGGUUUGGGGAGGAGUGACAUCUGUGCACAGGAUGGGCAAGCCUGCUCUGAACUGCUCACUCAGUAACAUCAUAAUUCCUGGCCCUGGGGAAAAAGGACAGAUUGAAGAAAAUGUCUGUUUCUCCUGUCUCUUAAUCCUUUGCUUUCCCCCAGAUUUCUUGAUUUGAUGUUAAAAGGUGGGCAAGGCUCCCUCUGACCCUCCCCCACACCCCUUCUUGUGGAUUUAAUUUAAUUUUUGUCUCCCCAGUGUCUAAUAUGGUUUUUGAUUCUUAAGUGCUUCCUCCCCCUCACUACCUCCUUUAUUACAAAUUCAAUAAAAAAGGUGAAAU